AUGGAGCCCUUGAGUGGGUCUGGUGCUAAGCGCCCACGCACCACGCACCACAAGUUGUCUGUGGAGCAGCAAGCGGCUGUCCUGAAAAGAAAGAAAUCCAAAAUAGCGUCAGCUGCACUUCGCGAAUCAGGAGCUCAGAUCCACUGUAAAAUUGGACACUCGGAGAAGUGGCAAUUCUUGAUCAAUCUCCUGAGCAAAACUUACAGCUCCACGGAAAAGCAGUGGGUUCGGCGAGAGAUACUGGGCAAAGGGAGUAAGGUUUACCUACCCCUCUUGAAGUCCGAGAAUCAGGUGAACAGCCACCGCGCAGCCUUGCACUCCAUCAUUCCCCUCCUUCAGAGCGAAGAUGGCACCGCGUGCUGGACCGACUUGGUGCAGCUGAUUGUCGAGGCUGUGAGACUCGACCGCGAACGGGGGAACCUGCGAAGCAACCGAAACCUAGUCAGAGACUUUGUCUGGCUCCACUGGGGCGGAGAUGCAGCGGGAUGGCUCCGGGGAAUUUCCCACAGCAUAUGGGGGUUCAAGCUUCUCGGCAACAACCGGGUCGUCACCCAUUCCCCCAAAGACAUGCGGGUAGCCCUAACCUUCGAGGGGAAAGACAAGUACUCCACCUACUUGGAGUACUUGCAGCCGUUCCUAGAGCCCAUGCAAACCAUGACAACCAAGGGGCUCCAGGUAGAAACCACCCACUACACGGUCAACCAAACCCUCGGCGCAGACUACGUCCUGAUGAGCGAGCUCCUUGGGCACUCUGGAGCCUCGGGUCUAAUCGGGUGUUGCUUUUGCGAGGAGCACAAGGACAACUACGGCAAGACGCAUGUCGUUGACGGACAGCGAGUUCCCCUCACAGCCAACCCCCGAACCACAGAAAGCAUGGCUGCAGCUGCGCACCGCCCCUGGACAACAGGCCCUGGCGUUGAGUGUCCCUACUGCCACGAGCAAUUCCCCAACCAAGAAGCAGUGGAUGCGUCCCAACCCCCACAAACCAAGGGUGAAACCAAGAAGUUCCAGCAAUCGCACGCGGGAAUGCGGUUCGGCACCCCUCCAAUCUUCCGAUUCCCCAUCAGCGCCUACGCAAUCUGCAUCCUCCAUCUCCUCCUCCGCCUCAUGGCGAUAACCUUCCAGCGAACCAUUGCAGUCAACCUCAACACGCCGGAGAAAACGGACGCAGUCAACGCACUCAUCAAAGCCCUGCACCUGGGAUGCAAGAAACUCGAGCAGAGAACGGCGAGCGGGGACAAGAAGAAAGAUACCACCGACAUCAACUUCAUUGGAAG